AAGUACGAGUACGAGACGGCUAUCUUCUUCCAUUUCCUGAUAUGCUUCGUUGCCACAGCGAAAUAAAAUAGGGUUUAUAAAAAUUGGGACUGUCACACCUAAAAUCCUCCUUCUAUCAUCAAGAAUUGGUUCACAACUUGACAUUUUCUUUACUUGCUCUUAAAGUGAAAAGCAAUGGCUAAACCAUUGUUUGCUUGCAUAGUGAGGCUUUUGGUACCAUGGAUUUCCCUACGCUGCUUUGAUGAGCUAUUAUGAAUAGGACAAAUAGUUUUUAAUUGGAAAAAAACUGUCAAAGAUGGCAGCAAUAAUUGCAACACGGUUGUUCUUCCUUGUUGGUGAUUCUCUACCCUUCAGAAAGCUACCGCUGGUUUCCAGGAGAGCUCCAUUCUACAGCAGUUUACGAUUUCUUAGCCGGGUUGAUCAUGAAAAUGGGCCCCUCAACCUCAAAUCCAUUGGGCUUAAAAGUGAAUUCAAUACAAUAAACAAGAAAAGCCUGGAUGCUGCAAUCGAGGUCCCUAAGAAUAAAGCGAAGGCUGUUAAAAGUAAUGGAGUCAAGGGAGUAAAGUUUAAAAAAUCGCUUGACAUAGAGGCAGCUCCAUUUGCGGCAGAGUCAUUUUCAGAGCUUGGUCUCCCACCUUUGUUGAUAGAAAGGCUAGAGAAGGAGGGCUUUAUGGUUCCAACUGAUGUUCAGUCGACUGCAAUUCCAGUCAUUCUUAAAGAUCAUGAUGUUGUCAUUCAAUCCUACACAGGUUCAGGAAAAACAUUGGCAUAUCUCCUCCCCAUUCUCUCUGAAGUGGGUCCACUGAAGAAAAAAGCUGGCCAAGAAGGUGGGAGGAAAACAGACGUAGAUGCAGUAAUUGUGGCUCCUUCAAGAGAGCUCGGCAUGCAAAUCGUGAGGGAGGUUGAGAAGCUGUUAGGAUCUGCAGACAAGAAACUAGUUCAGCAGCUUGUGGGAGGAGCUAACCGAUCAAGGCAGGAAGAAGCGCUCAAGAAAAAUAAGCCAGCCAUAGUCGUUGGAACGCCUGGGCGGAUUGCAGAGAUCAGUGCAGCUGGAAAGCUUCACACUCAUGGCUGCCGCUACCUGGUCUUAGAUGAAGUUGAUGAGCUCCUUUCAUUCAAUUUCCGGGAGGACAUGCAUCGGAUAUUGGACCAUGUGGGAAGGAGACCCGGUGCAGACCCACAAGGUUCAAGAAGCCCUAUUGCUAGGCGGGCUGAGCGUCAGACUAUCAUGGUGUCUGCAACGGUGCCAUUUUCUGUGAUAAGGGCAGCUAGAAGCUGGGGGCAGGAUCCGCUUCUAGUCCAAGCCAAAAGUGUCGUCCCUCUUGAGUCUGUCUCACCGACUGCACCUGUGAAUUUUUCAGGACCUACUUCCACUUCUAAUUCAUCUGCGAAUUUGCAGAGUCCGGAAACAAUAAAAACCCUACCACCAGCCCUGAAACACUACUACUGUGUUUCAAGAUUACAGCACAAGAUUGAUACCUUAAGGCGAUGCGUUCAUGCACUUGAUGCCAAGUCUGUGAUAGCUUUCAUGAAUCAUAACAAACAAUUAAAAGAUGCCGUCUUCAAGCUAGAGGCUCGUGGAAUGGAAGCUGCAGAGCUACAUGGAGACCUUGGCAAGCUGGGCAGAUCAACGACACUAAAGAGAUUCAAGAACGGGGAAUUGAGAGUUUUGGUGACGAAUGAGCUUUCUGCAAGAGGUCUUGAUGUGGCAGAAUGUGAUCUUGUGGUUAAUGUGGACUUACCCACAGACUCAACUCACUAUGCACAUCGGGCUGGUCGAACAGGUCGGCUUGGUAGGAAGGGUACCGUUGUCACCAUAUGUGAGGAGUCUCAAGUGUUUGUUGUGAAGAAGUUGCAGAAGCAGCUUGGGGUCCCCUUCCAAGCUUGUAAGUUCACAGACGGCAAAUUUGUAGCUGAGGAAGAGGCAAACUUGUAGCUGAGGAAGAAGUAAAGACUCCAGGUGGAUUGAAGUAAUUUCAUGUUUCCUGUUUUCACAUCCAAGUGUCAUGAGAGAAUUCACGAGGGAAGUAGCCUAGUUUUCUUGCUUUUCUUCUCAUAAGAAAUACGAAUGUUCUAGGGCUAGCCCUUCCCUGUACUGAAUUACUCAGUUGAUACUUUUUGUCAAAGGCAUUAUAAAUUACAUUUUUGCAAUGAA